UAACAUCCAUUAAUAAUAAGGAUUUCUACGAGACUUAUCUGAAAGUAAUGCAAAUAAAUCUCAAUUCUGUGGUCUAUUUAACGCAUAUAUGUGUCGAGCAUUUGGAGAAAACUAAAGGAAAUGUUAUCAACAUCUCGAGUAUCGCUGCCAUGAGAGUCAUCCAGGGUUUUACACCCUAUUGUGUGGCUAAGUGUGCUCUGGAUAUGUUCACCAAAUGUAUGGCCGCGGAGUUGGGACCCAAACGUAUUCGCGUUAAUGUCAUCAACCCUGGACCAGUUCAAACAGAAUUCUUUACGGCUGUGGGCUUAUCAGAUAGUGAUGUUAAUAAACUUCACGAGGGUAACUCCAAACUAUUGCCUGUGGGACGUACCGGUUUGAGUGAGGACAUUGGCGACUCAAUAUUGUAUCUAGCCAGUGACCAUGCUGCUUUUAUAACUGGUGCAAGUCUUGUAUCAGAUGGUGGUUCCAUUGCUGCCAAUGCUUUCAAUGCGGAAGUGCUCACAGAUUCAUAA